AUGAGGCAGAGGCAGCAGCAGCAGCAGCAGCGAGCACUAGGUUUCGAAGAUCAGGCAGCGACCAGGAGGCUGAGGCAGCAGCAGCAGCAGCAGCGAGCCCUGGGAGUCAGAGACCAGGAGGCCGAGGCAGCAGCGGCAGAAGCACCGACGACUGAUAGGAGGCUACCAGGAGGCGGAGGCAGCAGCAGAAGCAGCAGCGAGCCCUGGGAUGUGGAGUCCAGGUGGCUGAGACAGCAGCAGCAGAUGCACCGACGACUGGGAUGCACCGAGCGGGAGGCCGAGGCAAAAGCAGCAGCAGCAGCAGCUAGCACUAGAAGGCAUAGACCGGGUGGCUGA